GGGGAUCACCUCUGGAUUGGAAACUGGAACCCGGACUCCUGGGUUCUCUCCCCGGCUCUGGGAGGGGAGGGGGGACUGACAUUGGGGUUGGGAGCUCAUGGCUCUUAGCCAGGCCUGACCCUGCCCCCACGCUGCCCCCCUGGCCCCAGCAUGGAGGUCAAAGGGCAGCUCAUCACCUCCUCCAGCUACAGCUCAGCAGAUGCCCUGGUGCGGGAACCCGGCUUGCGGUUGCGUCUGCAGGAGCUGCUGGAACGGAAGCGGGGCCUGCGGGAGGCGCUGGGGCUGCGGGUCGCCGAGCUGCGCCGGCUGUGUCUGCAGGAGGCCGAGCUGACAGGGAAGCUGCCCCCCGAGUACCCACUGGAGCUGGGGGAGAGACCUCACCCCAUCCGCAGAAGGGCGGUGCCAGCCCACCGGGGACCUGGAGCUGAGGUGCUGGCGUGGGAGCUGUGCCGGGAGCUGGCCGUGCAGCGGCAGGUGGUGGAGGCCGCGCGGCGCCUGGCCCUGGCCCCGGAGCUGUCGGAUCAGCAGCGGCGCCGGCGCCGGCAGGUCCAGGCUGAGGCCGCCCUGCGCCUGCGGGAGCUCGAGGGGCAGCUGGGGGAGACGCGGGCCCGACUGGGGGCAUCCCGGGGAGCACACGAUGAGGCGUUCACCUCCGAGAACAGUUCCCUCUCCGAAUCGACCUGUCACGAGAACAACAACCCCCACGAUUUCCACCCGCCCAAGGUGGGCCCCUCGUCCCCCCGCAGCCGGGAUCACCUCCGCGCCGUGUCCGGCAGUCCUGACCGCCGGCCUGGCUGGCGAGGGCCCCCCAUGGAGCUGGGUGGGGGGGCCGCCAGCCGCCGCAGCUCGCUAGCCAGCCCUACCAGCCCGAAUCGGACCCUGCCCCGGAGCGUGUCCAGCUUUGAGGGCCGGAGCGUCCCAGCGACCCCGGUUCUGACCCGGAACAUCUGCAGCGGGAGCCAUAAUGUCAGGCCGGACGCCCCCACAGCCGCCCGCCAGUGGUCGGGGAGCCAGGACUCCCAGCUCGGCCCCCCCAGCCGGGACCCCAGUGCCGACCGGGCCCCCCCAGCUUUCGCCGCCCGCACCCGCCGCAGCAACAGCUCGGAGGCCCUGAUCGAGCGGGGAGCCCCCCCCCGAAGACCCCCCUUUCCGGCCCCCCCCCGGCCCCCCUAUGCCGAGAUCCUCCUGGACUAUUACCUGGAGCGCCAGUGCUGGCCGGCGGGGGACCACCUCUCGCGCCGCGAUGCCCCCCUGCCUCCCGGCUGGGGAUACCCCGAGAGCCCCCUGCCACGCCGGGCAGGGCGCGCCAAGUCCUGUGGGCCCCCUCCCCAGAGCCAGCUGCUGCCCCCAGCCCCCCAGCGCCCGCCCCGGGCCGUUCACAAAGCCUUGGCCCUGGAGGGGCUCCGGAACUGGUACCUGCGGAACGCCGGAGGAGCAGGGGGGGCCCCUCCACCCCGGGACAGGAGAGGGGGGCCCCCCCGUGGCUGGCCCGAACCCCACCCCCGGCUGGAGACGGUGGGCUACCUGCCUCAUUCGCUGAGCUACACUGGGCAGCCGCUGCAGGGCAGACCCUUCGCAGACCUCCUCUACCCGGACGGGCCCAGUGCCCCCUCCCCCAGCCUGGGGCCCCCCUUGGAUGUGGAGAGGCACCCCCCAGGGACGUUGGUCUGAUCUCUGUGUGGGGAGGCAGGGACAGCCAGGGGUUAAUCUCACAUGGGGGGACACUCCCCUGCUGGACGGGGGUGUGUGUGGCAUCAGGUGGAUUAGAUGGGGGGGAGAUGCACACGGCCAUCCCGCUAGGGUGGUAUGGGGCAUGGAUUCUCCCCACCCCUCUAGCAACCUCAAUCUCCCCCCUAUCCACAUUCAGAUAUGGGGGACAGGUCCUGGCUGGGGAAUCAGCCACCUACUGAACCCCCAUUACCACCGGCACUAAUUGCCCCCCCAAAACCCUCCCCUUUCUAAAAGUCUGGACAGACACCCCCCCGCCCUGCCCAACACCUAUCAGCUCCCUGACACCCUCCUCAUGUUCCCUCCCCUGCGUCUGGCCAUACCCCCCCACACCACAUCCCUCUCCCCAAACUGAGACGGAUACUCCCCUUCCCCCCCAUCCAGUGAGCCCCUCCCAAAACAGCCCCCCCUCCUGUCCGGCUCAAUUAGGAAACGAACUCAAACUCUCAACAUUCCAGCCCUGGCCGGCGUCCGGUGGAUUUUCCUUUAAAAGUUGCACACAACAAGAAAGUCACUUUUUUUUUUUUUCCUUUUCCCGCUGGAUUUUAUUUUGGGGGACCUGGCAGGCAGGGGCAGGGGGCAGGAUUCUACCUCUGAGGUCCCUUCCCCCCCCACAUACCUCCCAUGAUCCACCUGUUAGUUGCGACGGACACGAGCAUGCGACGGGCUCUGGACCUCAACUUCGCCCUGUUCCCAGCGCGUGGAUUGUAACGGGAAUUUCUUUGGCAAAUGUCAAACUGGUCACUGUGCAGAACGGGGUUUGUAUAAUACAGAGCGCAAAGGCGA